GGUAGACAGAAGGUUGUGGAUAUGGUAGAAACUUUUGUUUUGGUAAUCUGUGAAAAGAAGUGGAAUAUAUUUUCAAAAAGUCACUUUGCAGUAUUUGAAUCUGGAUCCUUUGGCUGAACCCACUGAAAUUCUGUCUGCAUGGUUCGGACUGCAUAUUGACUGGACAAUGUGCCGGGUUCUAAACAUCUUAUUGGCUCUUCUGAGUCGCUUCUUGUUCGCGGUGCAUGGCGUCCUGACGGUGUGGCGAGUGGUGGCGGUGACAGGAGAGUCCUCCUAUUGGCUGCUGCUGACGGGGGUGGCACUGCUCGGGGUCGAGAUGGCAAUCACAAUCAAAUACACACGCAAUGCAGAAUGGAAAUGGUUCUCACCCAUGGUGUUUCUCUAUCUGUGCACUGUGAUUCCAUCAGUCUGGUUCCUGGAGCUGAACCUCCUACAGUCCAAUCUGCCCAUCAACUCGAGCACAAACUCUGACCCACAAUUCUUCUCACAGAUCCCGCUAACAAUGGGGUUGGCGGAACUUGAUCCUGAGAACUGGGUGGAAGCUUUGGAGCAGACCAUGUUGAUAGUGUUGGUUCUGGGCCGCUGGCUGAUGCCGAAGGGCGACAUGUCACGUGACCAGCUAUCUCAGCUCCUCAUGGUUUACGUGGGGCUUGGAGCUGAUAUCCUGGACAUCUUUGACACUUUUAAGGAGCCACAAGUGAAAACCAAGCAGGCCGUGAUCAUUGUUGGGCUAAGUUUGUUCUCCUGGGCCUUGAUGCAGUUUCCUCUUGUUCUUACCCAGACCAGCCACCCCAAGGUCCAGGAGGAAGAUCAUCCAGAGGCUGCCCAGCAUGGCCAAGCUGGCUGGACCGUUUCCUGCUGCUCGAGUGAAGUCUGGAGCCUUCUGUUAACGGUGGGUCUGCAGGAUGGACCUUUCCUAAUUUACCGUCUGUACCUCAUGAUACGUGAGAAUGUUCUGAACCAGCUGAUGAUCUUCUUCACAUGCAAGAACAUCCUCAUUGUUUUGCUGGAGGUGUACAGGAUUUGUGUUGUCCACUUUGAGAAGAGCAAUCCAGGGGGCGGAAGUCAGUCAUGUGACCCAUCUCAUGGACAUUCAGAAUGGACUGAUGGAGAGGCUAUAAAACCCAGCUGUCAGGAAUAGAUUAGAUUCACACAUACAGAAAAGAUCUAUCUAUCUAUCUAUCUAUCUAUCUAUCUAUCUAUCUAUCUAUCUAUCUAUCUAUCUAUCUAUCUAUCUAUCUAUCUGUCUGUCUGUGUAGACAGUAUUCAAACAAAAAGUGCCUUGUAAUGUUUAACGUUGAAGGUUAACAUUCAUCAUUAUCAUAAACAUCUUGAUUCUGAGAUUGUAUUAUUUAAGAAUCUGACAGUCAGCAUGGACAGCACUUUGCAGUAGCUACAAUUACUACCACUUGAGGCCAGUAGAUGGUAGUGUGAGCAAACUCUUUGUAAGGACAGGGAUAUAAUGAAAUUUGGAAAUUGCUCUGGAGAUCGUGACGCUUCAACUGUAGCCUGACACACACCGUCUGCACACAGCAACCUGUGACAUUUUAGCAUCUAACAUCAAUAGGUAACAAAUCAGCUCCCGAGUGCCUCCUGAUGUUUGUGAAUGAUCUGUCCACGGCUGUCUCAUUACUCAAAGUUCAAGCCUUUCCCCUUGCUCAGAACUCUUGUAUCUUUUCUGACGAUGACAUAUUAGAUUGAAGUAGCUACUGUCAUGAAGACAAAAAUAGCAUUCUAAAAAAAAUCAGUGCGAUUGGGAUAUACAGCCCCUGUCAAUCCUGGGAUUUAAAGCAGUAAACCCGACCUUUCAUUAGAACGGCAGCUAAUUAGAAUAUCGGUAGAAUAAAAACACAUCAUGUGUAUAGCCAAGUCGUGAUUAUUGUUUGUUUUGACUCGAGAGAAAACUGACAGACGUGUAGAAAGAAAGACAGAGGGAAACACCUCAAAGAGAGCUCUGUCAUUAGUGCUGUUCUGUCACAAAAUCUUU